AUGGCUGACCGGGAGCAGCUGAGGGCCAACCGACUGCAGCGAAACGGGCCCAUUUUCCCAGAACCGAUAGCCAAUAACUUCUUCCUCCGCCAUCGCGAGUCGCCGGCGGGCCUGCCUCCACGCGCCACAGCUUGUCGACGCCGCGAGCCCCUGUUCCUCGCUGUGAACCAAUCCGGCGACCUCCGUGCAGUCCGCGAGCUUUUCCGGCAGCGGCAGCGGCAGCGGUCCCUGUUCCCGCCGAGGUCUCCAACCACUGGACAUCUGUGUGACCGAGAAGACAAGAGAAAAACCCCUCGCUGGCGACCCACUUCAACAGCAUCCCGUCGUCAUCUUCCCCUGCUCGUUUUUCGGCUACCACCACAGCGAGCACCAUCGGAGGAUUUUUCCUCAGCCAUUGACCGCCCAAUUCAGCACUUCGCCGUCAGCACUCAGCCAAGGAAGGCUCGGCGAGCAGCGGUGGUUCGUCCCGUCAGCUUCCUUUUCGAGAAGCAGCAGCCCCGUUGUCCGGCAGCUAACAACCAACGACACACGAGCAGUGGCCAGGCAACAGUUAAACCGAGCCUUUUCGAGAGCUGA